AUGAGUACGAUCAACCAAUUACCGCCAACACCUGUAUCCGCUACAUCAGAUAAUGUAGUUCUGGUAACAGGAGGAUCUGGCCUAGUAGGUUCCGCUCUUCAACAUCUCAUCUUCAGUGAACCAAUUGGGAGUUCAUAUGGUAGGAAAGAAGGCGAAGAAUGGGUAUUCCUUUCUAGUCCAGAGUGUGAUUUGAGAAAUAUCACUCAGACUCAAGAAGUAUUCAGGAAGUACAAACCUGGCAAAGUGAUACAUCUAGCUGCGAAAGUUGGGGGAUUGUUCGCGAAUAUGUCAUCACAACAUACUUUCUUAAGGGAUAACCUACUUAUGAAUGAUAGCGUAUUACAAGCAUCACAUGAAUCGAAAGUGAACAAAUUAGUUUCUUGUUUAUCAACUUGUGUCUUUCCGGACCAGGUCACGUAUCCCUUGACAGAAGAGAAGAUUCAUCUUGGUCCACCACAUUCAUCAAAUUUCGGUUAUUCCCAUGCUAAAAGACUGAUAGAUAUACAAAAUCAUGCAUAUCAUGAUCAAUUUGGAGAUCAAUACACGAGUGUGAUACCUACCAAUGUCUUUGGACCUGGAGAUAACUAUGAUCUGAAAGACGCACAUGUGAUACCGGGCUUGAUUCACAAAUGCUAUCUAGCAAAACAGAACGAGACUCCUUUCGUCGUAUCUGGGUCUGGAAAACCACUACGUCAAUUUAUCUAUUCUCGAGAUCUAGCCAAAUUGUUCAUAUGGGUGUUGAGAGAAUACAAAGAGAUUGAUCCUAUAAUACUGAGUGUCGGAGAAGAAGAUGAAGUUUCUAUCAGGGAAGUAGCAGAUGCAAUCAUAGAAUCUAUGGGAUUCACGGGUCCAGUCGAGUACGAUACUUCAAAGGCAGAUGGACAAUACAGGAAACCUGCAAGUAACGCAAAAUUAACGAGGUUGAUGCGAGAAAGCGGUUCAGAGGACUUCCACUUCACACCUUUCAAAAUAGCACUGAAGGAAUCGGUAGAUUGGUUUUUGGAAAAUUACCAAAGUGCAGCACGGAUUGGAAUGGCCGGAUCAUGA